AUGCCACUCGUACCAAAGAUCGUGGUCCAUCACUUACAGUUCUCUCGCUCAAGCCGGAUCAUCUGGCUUCUCGAGGAACUCAAGCUGCCGUACACUGUGCAAAUGCACUACCGAAGCGACGGCGGGUUUGCGUCCAGCACUCUCAAACAGGCCUCGCGGAUGGGCAAGUCGCCUACAAUCGUGUACGACGGCGAGGUCAUGACUGAAUCAGGCUCCAUAGUCCACCAACUCAUGAAACUCCACCCUUCUCCAGCACUGCAGUACCCGCCGUCCACGUCGUCCACGUUUUUCAGCCACUACGCCGAGGCCACGCUCAUGCUGUAUCUCCAGCCAGCACGGUUCGCCGAGCUGGGAGCGCGCAAGCUGCGGGCGGGCGCCAAGCCCACACUAGACCUGGAUCCACUCAAGAACGACGACGAGCGUCGCGGGAUGGAGAAGCAGCUGGCGUGGUUUACGGCGUGGGCGCGGAGCAGCGUCGAACCUGCGCUGGCCGAGGCGGACGCGUUCUUGGCUGACAAUGCCAACUUUUCGGGUGAGGAGAGGUUGGGUGAAGGCGACUUCAUGAUGAUGUUCCCGCUCAACUCGAUCGCGUAUGGCGGCCGGAAGCGCCUGUACGACCUUGGUGACGCGACAGUUUCGUGGGUGGAUGCGAUACGCAACCGACCGGCAUGGAUUAAGGCUCAGGAGCGCAUGGUCGAGGAGGAAGAGGGUCAGAAGAGUCCCGAACAGAAAGCGGCCGAUGCAGAGAAGCGCCCAAAGCAGAGGCCACAAGUGUAG